ACAUCGACUGAAUUUCACAAAGGACUAUUAUUUUGGGAAACGGAGUCACUGCCGUUCAGCACCGCCCUUUAGCCAACCCACUUCCUCCAUCGUUAGGGGCUACAGCUGGACAGAGCCGGUGAGACCGCCUGUUCGCAGCGCCUGCGCAACAAUGGUGCUGCCCUCAACGGAUCCGCCUCACUGUGAUUGGUGAAAAGGAUGAUGGAUGCGCGUGCUUUUGCGGGAAAGGCCACUUAAUUGGCUGAGAGGGAUGUCAAUCAGAGAUCCUCACCUCCGCACAUUCAUUUCCGCUCGGGGGUUGAAGAUCCAGUAAGGAGAUGAAGGAUUGCACUGUACUACUCCAGAGAAUACAAAGAGGAUAGAUACCGCAGAGAUCCUGACCAUCAUCCAAGGAACAGCUGCACAAAAGUGGGAAGACAUCCAGUCCCUUUACAGCAUUGCUUGACACAAAGAAGGCUGGGCGGUGAAACCAUCAUCUGGAAAUCGGUUGGGUCAGGGGAGGCUUUGACAUAUCAUCAGAUCUGAAACUGGUCAGGGUGUGGAACCUUCCAUCAGAACCAGCCUAUCUGAAAAUCUGUGGAUGUUCGGUCAGGGUGAGGCUGAAGAAGUGAGUGGUUCCAAGUGUGGGAAGAGCUUCAUUCAUUCAUCAAGCCUCAUGAGCCACUGACUCAAUUCUAUUCAAAUGUGAGGCAUUUGUGGAAGGCUCAGCAGAGUCCCGACACCAUCUCUCACGCAAGGUGCUUCAGUUGUGAACACACAGACAGGCACAUGGAAGAGAAACCAUUCAAGUGUGAGGUUUGCACUGAAGCUAUUGUGAUGUCUCCAAGGCAGAUGAUGCAUGCCUGGGAGAAGCCCUUCAGUUGUGAUGUUUCUGAAAUGCCUUUCACUCAAUCCUCCCACCUCCUGUCCUACCCAAAGAUUCACACAGGGGAGAAAUCAGUGACAUGUGAGACAUACAAUAGCUCAUUCUCACAGUUAUCAACCUUCCUCAACCAGGGAGACACUCACACCAGGGAGAAACCAUUCACGUGUGAGGUAUGCCACAAAUCGUUUGCACAGUCAUCAACCCUCCGUGUGCACCAUCGCAUUCACACAGGGGAGAAGCCAUUCACAUGUAAUGUGUGCAACAAAUCAUUCUCACAGUCAUCGAAUCUCCGUGCGCACCAACGCAUUCAUACUGGGAAGAAGCCAUAUACAUGCGAUGUGUGCGACACAUCAUUCUCGUACCCAUCAAACCUUCGCAAGCACCAAUACCGUCACACUGGUCAGAAACCGUUCAAGUGUGAGGUGUGUGAUCAGGCGUUCACACUGUCAGCGACGCUCAUGACUCACCAACGAAUCCACACCGGUGACAAGCCGUUCAAGUGCGAGGUGUGCAACAAGUCUUUCUCGCAGUCGUGGCCGCUGCUUGUGCACCAGCGUAUUCACACGGGAGAGAAACCGUUCACAUGUGAGGUGUGUGACAAAUCAUUCACGCGAUCAUCGACCCUCCUGCAGCACCGACGCAUACACACUGGGGAGAAACCUUUCAUCUGUGAGGUAUGCGAUAAAUCAUUCUUGCGCUCAUCAACCCUCCUCGAGCACCAGCGCAUUCACACUGGGGAGAACCCCUUCACCUGUGAGGUAUGCGAGAAGUCAUUCUCACGGUCUUGGACCCUGCUUCUGCACCAACGCAUCCACACAGGGGAGAAGCCAUUCACAUGCGAGGUGUGUGACAAAUCAUUCUCAGAUUCUUCAAAUUUGCGGAAACACCAGCGCAUUCAUGCAGGGGAGAAACAGUUAACAUACGAGGUGUGCAACAAAUCAUUGUCUGAGUCAUCAUACUUGCUCCCACCGGAUGCCCAGACAGGGGAGUAACCCUUCAAACGAGAGGUUUCUGUUGAGACUUUUGUGACCUUUUCAACCCUCUUGGGACUUCAGAGGAUACAAAUAGGAGAGGAGCUCUUCAAGCAUGAUGUUUGCGACAGGACUUUCAGCCAAGUCUCUGAUCUCCUGAAACCAGGGGAUCCAUCUGGUGAGAAACCAUUCAGGCGUGAGCCAUGUGACAUAACUUUCAUGCUGUCAGUGUAUCUCCUGGCCUCUCGCACAUGAGAAACCUGUUCAGUGUGAAUUCAGUAAUAAGGCCUUUAAUCGGUUCUCAGCUAUUGUGGAACACCAGGUGAACUCGUUCAGGAGGUACACUCCUGUUCCUGUGUGAAGUCAACCACAAUGGUUUACUUGCUGCUGAUCUCACCGCACACCAAUGUCUCCUUACAGACUUGGAGCUGAGUCACCUGCUUCUGUUUCACUGAGAGCUGUCUGUGUUGUUUACCCUCCAGUGUUCUUACAGGGCAGUUGUCGUUCCAAAGCACCGUCUGCCUCAACAACGUGUGUCUGAAAACUUUCCCACCAUCAGUCUAAUCAUUUCAAGAAGGUCAAUUUAACCUUUGACUGAAUCGCCAAAAGAAGACAUCUCUAUGUAUAGAGGCUCCUGUAUAAACUCAGCAUCUUUUCGGUGCCGUGUCAGGUACGUGUCAUUCACUGACUCUCAAUCUGAACAAGAAGACAAUCCAAAACUGAGUGGUUAGAAAGGCUUCAGCUUCUGAUUGACCAGCAUGAACUCCUGGGACAAGAGCCAUUCCUAGGGUGGUAAUGGAGGUACUUCAGUUAGCCUCAAUGUCUCUGGUCUAUGCAGGGGAGAAUCAGCCAGGAAUCCCGUUACUCAUCAGUGAGCCCAGCUGGGAAGUUAGGGGAAGGCAGGAUGUAUCUUGGCUGUGAAAGUCUCCAUUGUCUCACAUUCACUGCCUGGCUUUUCACAUGCUGAUUGGCCGCUCAAAUAGAGAGCGCUAGUGGCCAGUCAAUGUCCAGUCUGUCCUCCAGGUCAAUACCUUGUGGAUUGGAGGGAAUGGGGAAAAGGACAUCAAUUUCCCCCGCCCCCUACAAAAACAACAACUUUCAUUUAUACAGUACCAGUAUCGUAAUACAUCCUGAGGUAUUUCACACAGCUACAAUCGUAUCGAAAUUGAAACUGAAACAAGAAAGAUAUGAUAAGGAAUAGCGCUGCAUCUCCAAGAGGAUUUCCUCCACCACGAGAUGUGGGUAAUUCAGAAGAAUGUGUCGGCAUUUCCCCAAGUUAUGGUCAAGCUGGAAACAUCUCAGUAGUUUGCACAGCAUGAUUUAUCUCUUGAACAUAGUUACAAUUAUGACAUUCCUGAAGCAAAGGGAAACUCGUUUGCCUCGGAAAUCCGUGGAAUGAGGGAAUGGACUCUUCAUGUGAGCAAAUGUCUGCCAGCUUCGAGCUCAGCCAGAAUACCAUUGUGACUGCAGGUUUUUUUUCAUCUGAUUGCUGGGACUGGGAUAGAUUGGAAGGUAUCAGCUCCUGUUCACAGUUGCUGAGUUGUUUAUAUAUUGACCUUAAUGACAGAGAGCCACCAGAAUUAUUCAGAAUGACAAAAACUUGUAUAUAAUACUUUGAGUCUCAACGGCUUAGUGAUGAGGUACGGCAGUAGCUUAGAAGGAAAGAAAAGGAAGCAAUUCCUGCUCUCUCGAUCCUAUAAUCCUUUUGGAAAUUAUACCCCUUGUUCCCAAAAAUCUGUGGGUCGCAAAUCAGCACGGUCAGUCCCAUAAAGAUCAGUGGCAGAAACUCCCAACCCUGAAUAGAUGUCAUCUAUGAUUGAGGGACAGGUGAGGAGGAGUUGGGGGUUGUGGUGGUGGUUAAAUGAGAAGAGAGAAAAAUAGAGUUUUGAGGCGGGAAUUCAUGAGCAUGGAGUCUGGACUCUGAAGACCCAGCCAUCAUGGUGACAUGAAGGAAGUGGGCCACAUGUACUGAUGAACUGAACUGUGUAGAUCUGGAGGGUGACACAGAUAGGGAGGGAGUGAGGCCAUGGAGCAAUUUGUGUUUGAACAUGAGAAUUUUUAAUUUGAGGCACUGGGGACAUAGAAACUAAUGUAGGUCAGUGAGCACAGCAGUGAUAGAUGUGAGAGUUAGGAUAGAGAGUGCAAAGUUUUAGCUGAGAUAAAGUUUAUGGAGGGUGUAGGAUGGGAAGCUGGACAGAACAUUAGUCCAGUCUAGAAGCACCUGCAGUAUGGAUGAGGAUUACAACAGGAGAUGGACUAAAGUCAGAUGGGAGGGUGUUGAAAAUGGAGUUUGAGUUUAAACACAUUGCCUAUGACUCUGUAGUUAUUGAAUACCUAUUUCUUCACUAGAGACUUUAACCACUCAAUCAGUAGGAGAUACUGUGGUGAUGUAACUCCGGAAAUGUUUGUCAACUACCAGAAGUAAUACUUAACAAGUCUAGGUAGCAAAUCUAUUGUCUCAUCGUGGUCCUUGCUUCCAUAUUCAACCUAGAGUGCAUGCAACCUUAGUCUUACUUCCCUUGGUCCCUGCUGUUGUCUUCUGUUUCUGUCUUGGACGACAGUCUCUAGUCUUCAGUUUCAAGUUUUACGUGUGCUUUGGUCCCUGAAAGAUGGUGCUUUGUUAACGCUUUCCAAGCACAACCAUGUGCAGUGAUAUUACUAAACUUCAGUGUAAGUGACAACAAAGGGGUCAGUUGCACAAUGAAGGAAACUGUUGCCAUAAAGCUUCUAAGUCUGUCAAUCAGCAACUCCAAAGUCAUCACGUCCCUUGGCUUCCUGCUCUAAGACCAGCAUUAUGCAACUCUCCUCAGUGUUUACACUCCAACCCUGAAGGCUCAUGCAGCUGAGUAAGACAUAUUGUACACAGUUCUGUCUAAACUCAUCCAGAAUUGUCCUUGGCAAUUUCAACAUCACAAUUCCCAUCACAGCCUGGCAUGGAAGGAAGUCUUGGAAGCCGGGAGUUGGAAACUGCAAUGAAAACAGUUUCUAAUCUUGGAAUUCUAUGCAGAAAACCAGCUGUCCAUAACUAAGACCUUAUUUCCAGAAAAAAAGCAUUAUUUCAAGUAUACAUGAAGGUACUCUCAUUCUAAACAGUAGGACCUGAGAGACUACUCUUUGCUGCCCCAGUUUGACCUCGAGGAUGUCGUGCAUUCCCAUUGCUAACUGACAUGUAAACCGGCUGAAAUUCCAUUUCAUGUUUAAGCUCACGAACAUUAAAGGCAACCCUUCAAAGGAACAUUAAAUCAGAAUCUUGCAAAUCUCAUUGUGCAGAGAUAGCUAUCAAACCUGCAACACUGGCUACUACAGAACAGGUCAGACAAAAGUACAACUAGUUUAAUGAAAGUGACCAGGAAAUCCAAGAUCUGCUACCAAUAAAAAGGUGAGUCCAUUGGGCUCCCUCCUCAGAAAAAGAUAGCUUACCAUCAAGCGUACAGUAUCCUUCAUUGCAAACUGAGAAUUGGGACUAACAGAUGGAUCAUGCUUUGUAGGAAAAAGCACUGAUAUUGGUGACGUAAACUUCAAUGAAGCACUAAAAUCUAUCUGUGGAGCAAUAUCUUAAACCCAAGAGUACCAGGCGGAAUGCCGACAUUAAGACACGAACACACUGAGGAGGAGUUACUCCUGAAUCACCAGUCUGAGCGCUAUGAGAUAUUCCUCAGUGCCAAGUGCACAUCAGCCUCCUCCAGCAGCAGACUCCGAGAAGAACUAGCUGAGAGCACAGAUCUGGGAGAAACUGACUCCAUCAACCAGAUGAUGAGAAGCAAAGCCCUCUGAGUCUGUGCGGCAGUAUGGUGGCUCAAUGCUUAGCACUGGUACUUCAAUGCCAGGGGCCCAGGAUCGAUUCCACUCUCUGAUGACUGUCUGUGUGGGGUUUGCACGUUCUCCCCACAUCUGUGUGGAUUUCCUACCACAGUCCAAAGAUGUGCCAGUUAGCUGGAUUGGCCGUAGGAAAAUGCAGGGGUAGAGGGGUGGGUCUGGGUGGAAUGCAGUUCAGAGGGCCGGUGUGAGCUCAAUAGGCCAAAUGACUUGCUUCCACACUGUAGGUGUUCUAUGAUUCUCUGAACUCCACCUGAGAGUUUGAAGCAUGGUGACCCUACACGACACUCAAUGAAUUUGUAAAGGUGUUCCAGGAUGGAACAGGACUUCGUGAUAUUGUUGUCAUCACCUUGUACAAACACAAAGAGAAAAAUGUCAUUAUUCCGACUAUCAUGGGGGCAUUCUCCUUCCUAUUUCUGGGAAGGUCCUGGGUAACGAACCUGUGAAUUCACUUAUGCCUUCCAUUGCUGAAGGAAGUCUUCCAGAGAUGCUGUACAGUUUCAGGACAAAGGGAAGCAUCACAGACAUGAUAUUGUCUCUAAGUCAGUUUCAUAGACCUUGCAAAAUUGUUUGAUAUUGCGAGUAGAGAUGGACUCUGGAAAAUUCUUGACAAACCCUGAUGCCCACUUGGUUACGGUGAAGCAAUCCAUGAAAGUCUGUACAGGCAAGUCAAGCGCAGCAGUAACCUCUGACAAAUCUCCAUAUGGUGUUGAGCAGGAAUGUGAGCUGGUCCUGACCUUAUGCACCAUCCUUUUCAGUGUGAUGCUGCCACAAGCAACAACACACCUCCAGGAGGAGUUUUCAUGUGCUUCUGGAUGAAUGAGGGGGUCUCUUGGGCAUCCUCGGGUAUAUACAAAGACAUGGGAAAACCUCAUCUGUGAGCUACCUUUUGCUGAUGACUGCAUCCAUAACUAUUCACACAUGCAGCGUGUAACAACAUGUUACUCCGAAAUGAUGCAACUCUUCAAACAAAAAAUUAGUUUAAACAAAACUGAAGCACUGGACCUCAAGACAAGUAUCUACUAGACGUUAUCAUCGAGAGAACCCAGCUGAAUGCUUUUGAGCAAUUUACCAAUUUGGAGAGUUUUGAUGCCACCAUAGACAAGGAAGUAGACAACAGGCUUUCCAAAGCAAAUAGUGCAUUCAGUAUACUCUACUAACAAGUGUGGAGAACUGUAAACUCAAGGCGAGGACCAAACUCUAUGUGCAAAGACGUAAUCCUCACCACCCUCCUUUAUGAUGCCCAGUUAGGCGUUCAGCACUGCAGUCAUGUACACCUUCUUCAAUGCUUCCAUUAGCAUCGCCUCCGCAGCACCCUCAGGAUCCACCGUGAGGGCUACACAACAACCAUUGAACUCCUGGAAGCAACCAACAUCACCAUUGUCCUGCAAGGCCAACUGAUUUGGGUGGGUCAUGUUGCCCAGCUGGACAACAGUUGCCACUCAGGAUUGUGUAUGGGGAGCUGACCAAUGAUACAACCCUCCUAAAAUCUUGGUGUACAAGAGGAGUCAAGAGAGAGGUCCAAGUGAGAUGAGGCUAGAUUCUAAAUGUAUGAUCAAUCUCUGGCUCUUAAUCAUAUUUAUCUCCUAAUGAGACUUCCCAUUAUCUUCUGACUUUUUCCUAUGAUGUCAUUUAUUUGACCUCUUUUUAUAACUUCUCACGAACAAAAUGACACAUUUUACAGUAUGUUAUUGACCCAUUUGCUCAGGAGAAGAAGAUGUGUGCUGUCAUGCCCUCCUGAUUGAUACCAUGAACCUGUUGUCUCAGACUUACUUAACUGAGCGUUCUCAUUAAAUAGAAUCCUAUCACGGUGACCAUUUUGAUGUAGAGGUCAUCUGCUAGGGAUUAUUCUAACUACAGUUGGUGCUUGGAUCAAAUUACUUUUUAAAAUCAAAUGGUCAAUGGUAAAUAUAACCUAAAAAAUAGAGAUUGCAAACUAGAUAAUACUUAACCUGUAUAGAGUGUAUAUAAACUAUGUGCAUGAUGACAAUCAGUAUGUGGAGGAUGAGUUGUUGUUGAUCAGUAUACUUAAAGAUUUGGUUAAUACAUAGUCUUAUGGAAUAAAGGUCAAAAAGAAUUAUACUGUAAAGACUAUUACUGAGCAUAACACGAAGACAAAUAAUAGUGCGAUUUAGCAAAAUAUGGCUUAUGUUCUCAAACACUAUAAAUUCAGACUAGACUAAUGUAGAAUUAAUCUUUUGCUCUUUUCUACUUUGCAUAAUAAGUCUUUCUAACUUUUCUCUGAUGGCCAUAAAGCCAAGUGUUUGGUAAGGAUUUAAUGGGAUGCACAGUUGUUCGAGCUUGCUGCUUCAACCGUGAUAAACUGCAAAUUCUCACUUUGAGAUACGGUCAAAGUAAAGCAGGGGGUGUGCCUUUUAACUAAAGAUGGGUUACAAGCUGAGUCAUGAUAUAUUGUGUAUAAUUGUUUUAAAUGAGCUACAAUUAAACAUAAUAUUGUAAACUGAUGACCAUACUUCGAUUAUUUGAUCAUAAGUAAACUUAAACUAACCAUUAAAUGUAAAUUUCCCUCCAUUUCCAGUCUGAAACUGAGCUGGAGACUGAAGCGGUUGACACUGACCGUAUGAUUGUUGGAGAUAAGUGGAGAAGAAGUUAAGAAUGUAGGAACUGGAGUAAUCCCCUGAGACUGUUACAUCAUUCAAUUAGAUCAUGGCUAAUCCAUAUCCCCACUCUUUCUACCUGCCUUAGUUUUGUCACACUUGAUCCCUUUGCCUAACAAAAGAAAGAUAUCAAACUUGGGACUUGGAUGCAGAUUUUGAGUCAUUGCAAGUGCUUUAUUUUGUUUGGUUGAACAACUGUUGUAAGCCGAACACACUCUUGUUUGUCUGUGAUUUUUACCAAUCUUCUCUAUAGAUUUAUAACUCAAUAAAUUCUUACUCUAACCCAAA